AUGUCUUCGUCAACUGGGGGUGGCAAUGGCGAGAAGCGCGCCAAUUCUUCGAGUGGGUCUCCUGCCGAUAAGGCGGGGGAGAAAACGUCCGCGAGCAUCUCGCUGGGUGGUGGUCAAGCGGAUGCCCGUAAAGCAUCGGGGAGAGACUGGUCUUCACUGACCGCGAGUCGGGCCUCCAGUUCGGCUGGAGGAGAUCGAGUGCCAGGAACCGUCCUGGGCAAGCGGCUCGCGAGCUCGGUCGACGAGGCGAUGGCCGAGUCGUCCGAUAGGCGGAAUCUCAGGGUCAAGAUGUCGAACACCAAUGACAUCAGGCGCGAGGUCGACAUGUCUGGCAAGGUCGUCCGUUUCGAGUCGACGGACCCAACCCAGAGGGGCGGGACCCUGGUGACACCUAACCCGACCCGAUCGGGUGCUGUGGACAUAGCGUUCGACUGCCGGGACCCGACUGGGUAUGCGGUCGUUCGAGAGGCUGCAAAGAGCGUCGGCACAGACAGGAUGUUGAUGACGAUCCAACCGAUCCACGAUCAGGGCGAGAGAGGGGACGUGUUCCAGAGCGCAUACCGAAAGCCCCUGCGGCCGGUCGACAUCGACCUCACGGGAGACGACGACACCGCCUCGGUGGCUUCGGCGGCAACUACGUCGAACACCCUGGGGCGCAACAGGGAGUGCGAGGCUUGCGGCGGCAAGAAGCACAAGACUGGCGUGUGCCAUAAGGCGUCGUCGAGGGAUCAUAGAACGGUCAUCUGUCCGUUCCACGGAGUCUCGGCUCACGGUCGUGGGCACAACCUGGACGGGGUCGACCCCAAGGGCGGAAACGCGUACUGCUCGAUUCUGAUCGGGUGGGAGCUGAAGCCGGUGGACAAGGGCUCGUUGGAGGCCAACAGGCGCCUGCGCCUUUUAUUCACUAAGCUGGUGGUCGAGAGGAGGCGCAAGCCCAUGGUUCGGGUCGUCAAGCCCAUGUACUGCCCGAUCAGGAUUGCCAUCGACUACUCCGAUGCCUGCUGCAACGGGGAGAUGCCGCCUGAGCUCGAAGGGGCCUGGCCGUACACCAGAAAAGACCUGCAGGACAAGGGUCUCGUCGAAAAGUUGAACUCGAUGUCGAAGUUUAACUGGAGGAAGAUGCAACCGGGGGAGCUCGAGGGUAUGUCGUGGGACACCAUCAAGCAGGAGUACGGCGCGUCGAUCCCCAAGCAGUGCACCCUCCAGAAGGAGGUCGAGGAUGGCGAGAACGAGGUCAUGGAGGACGCUCCGGCUACUGAGAACCCAGGAUCAGACACCAUCACUGGCGACGGCCAGGGGGGCGCGGACGCCGGCUCAGACGAGCUUGACAGUCUGCUGGAUUCGGCCAAGCGGUUGAUCGAAAAGGCGCAACAGCUCCGUCUGAGAUCUGGAGCCCCGAAGGAGGACCCAAAGGCAACUGCAACGGCAGGCACGGGGUCGCGUUCGUAG